GUUUCCGGCGUGGGGGACGCGGCGCGAGGCGCUCUGCGGGGAGUCGCGCGGUCGCGGGAAGCGCGUGCGCCGCCGGGGAGGGACGCGGAGGGCGCGGCCAUGGCCUCGCUGCUGGCCAAGGACGCCUACCUGCAGGCCCUGGCCAGGAAGAUCUGCCGCCAGCCCAGCCCGGAGCCGCAGAGGCGCACGUCCGCCGGCAGAACUCGAGGCUCAGAAGCUGCUGGGCCCCCAAAAAAGAAGAGGAGGAAAGCACAGAAGAAGUCCCAGGAGCGGGAAAAGGCCGUGGAGCUGAAGACCCAGGCUCUAGGGGAAAAAUCUCCAGCACCUUCCAGGGCCAGAAAGCCAGCAGUAUGUGAGGAGGGAGAGGCCUUCCCCUCCACGCGGUCCCCAGCACACGGGGAUGAGGAGCAGGGCCAGCUGACUUCAGAAACCCUGGUCGCAGAGCCUGACUCUUUGUUUGCCCUGGAUGUGGUGCGGCAGCGGCUCCAUGAGAAAAUCCGGGAGGCUCGGGGCCAGGGCCACACCACGGCGCUGUCUCUUGCUGCUUUGGAGAAAAGACGGCGGAGGAAGCAGGAGCGGGACCGGAGGAAGAGGAAGCGAAAGGAGUUGAGAGCAAAGGAGAAGGCGGCGGAGGCUGUGGAGGCUGCGGAGGCUGCCGAUCUGCCCUGUGAGCUGCCCCAAGAACCGCUGCCAGAGGGCGUGCCGGCGGGGCUGCUCUUCAAUAAGGUGGAGGUGACUAUGGAGCAGGCGGCCAGCAGGGUCCAGCGCCGGAAGGAGAAGAGGCAGAAGCUGAAGGGGAACCUGGCGCCGCUGACGGGCAGGAACUACCGGCAGCUGCUGGAGCGCCUGCAGGCCAGGCAGGCUCGGCUGGAGGAGCUGCGGGGCCAGGACGAGGGGAAGGCGCGGGAGCUGGAGAGCAAGAUGCAGUGGACCAACCUGCUGUACAAGGCGGAGGGCGUGCGCAUCCGGGACGACGAGCAGCGGCUGCAGGAGGCCCUGAGACGCAAGGAGAAGCGGCGCGCGCAGCGGCAGCGCAGGUGGGAGAAGCGCUCGGCCCACGUGGUGGAGAAGAUGCAGCAGCGGCAGGACAAGAGGCGGCGGAACCUGCGCAAGAAGAGGGCGGCCCGGGCCCAGCGGCGCCUGGACAAGGCUCGCAGGAAGGGCCGCAUCCUGCCCCAGGACCUGGAACGGGCCGGCCUGGCAUGAGUCUGCGGCCCGGGGGCUGCCCUCCCAGCUCGUGGGCCGGCGGCAGGAGCUUGUCUGCGCUCCUCGGCGGUCGGGGGCUCCGUGGGCUCCCCCACAAGCUGGUUGGGAAGGCUUAGCACCCCCCCACGGGGGAGGGCUAAGGGGAGUUACCGAGAACGGAGGCCUGGGUCCUUCCGAGCCUGCAAGGGGCUGACCGGGUCGGGUUCCCGCCUUCUCUUGGGAGGCCGCAAAGCUGCCCGCAAGUCUGGGGGGUGGCGAGGCGUGGAGGGUGCGAGCGUUGAGGGGCUCUUCCCUGGCUCCUCCUUCCCCUGCCGUGUGGACAGGAGCCGGGAAAGUGUGGCCUUGGGGACUGUCCGUGUCCGUCCAAAGCCCCCGUGGAAGGGAGGAAGUUCAGAGCUGCUGCAGCCCAAGUCCAGGCUGGCACCGGCCUCGCCACGGGCAGAGGGUGGGACCAGCGUGGCUGGGACUGGGAGGGCGCCGUCCUGAGUCUCUGCAAGAGCAGCGAAGUCAGAGCUAAAGGCGAACAGCCACACGGGAAGUGUUAAGACCGUGAUGCCCGCUGGGGGCCCCCUGGGUGGCUCCGUCACUCAGGGGUGCCGGACUCUCGGUUUGGCUCAGGUCCGAACCUCAGGGCUCUCGGAUCAAGGCCCCAUCAGGCUCCCCCGUCAGCGUGGAGUCUGCUCGCAAUCUCUCGUGCUCUCGCUCGGUUCUCCCUGCCCGUGCUGUUUCUCUGAAAUAAAUAAGUGUUCGGUGGAGAGAACGCUGGUGGCCGGAGGACGAGCGGGGCGUGCGCCGUGCCGGGAGGAAGGGGGAGCCGGGCGGGUGGAGGGUGUCUUGCCGGAGCAGGCAGCAGACAAGGACCGCUGGGAGCCAGGACUCGGCGGGGCGAUGUGCGCCGCCCACGGAGGCGGAGGGAUUCCACACACCCCUGCAGGGGAGCAGAGCCACUGCAGACACGCAAGACCGGGGGUUCAUGGCUCAUGAGUCAUUCCUCAGUAAAGCCGUUCGUAACUGUUUGGCGGAGCUCCAGUACAUCGACGGUAACGGAAAGGCUGGCGUGGCCAUCCUGGCCAGAGCGGACUUGAGGAUCCACAGCCCCGCAGAGGCUAAGAUAGGUCAGGGCAGGAUGGAGGGGCUCUGACGCCUCCAUCGGGGGUGCUGACGCCUCCAGUGACGGAGCUGCGAGUCCCCCAGGGGAAAUCUGCCCACAAACAAAGGCAGAGGCUAUGUGGUGCCUCUCUCAGGCCGAGAAACACCAGUGGAACUCCAGUGGAUCGGAGAGAUGUAGAUGCGGGCUGGGAGCUGAUCUAAGGACCCAGAGCGCUGUGUCUGGACACAAGCGGCCGGCUGGCCACCCACAUCUAGGACAGCAACGAGAACUCACCACCUGGUCCAUGAAGCAAGCUCUGUCUCAAGGAACCAGCGCCCUCCCAGGCAUGAUGUCGGCUGCAGCACGGUUUAGUUGUUAGAGUCAAGGGGUGAUUGCCGGAGAUGUGCGUUUAGGUUCCAGGGAGAACUGUUGUCACAAACCCCAGGAGAUGUAACCUCAAGAGGGAAUCAUGACGAUGGACCCAGCAGGGAAGGAGGGACAUUGCAUCUCUGUCGAGAAAUCCACCAGCCCAGCAGCUCAGCCGGCAAGGACCUGCCCUCGCCCUGAAGUCCUGCUCCUGCCAGGGGAAUUCAGGUCAGGACAUCCCCUUGUAGCAUCCUCCUUUGUUGGACUUCAUGGUGGUUGUGUUAUAGCUUGCACGUCCCGAUUUGUAGUUCUCUGCUCUUCCCAAAUAAAGCCAUUUUGGGGGCAAAGUA